AUGGAAGCUCUUCAGUCCUUCAAUGUGGGCACGAAGGUGGAUUGGUGCUUCAGGGAGGAUGAUGCAGAGCAACUAGAGGAAGUGACAUUUAUGAGAUUGUUCUGGGCUUUUAAGCCCUACAUUGAUGGCUUUGAGUAUUGCAGACCCGUCAUACUGAUAGACGGGACUCAUUUGUAUGGACCAUAUCCGGGUGUUCUUCUGAGUGCAACAGCUGUAGAUGGGUUUAGUCACAUUCUACCAUUGGCGUUUGCUAUAGUGGAGUCGGAGAAAAACUCUAGCUGGGAUUGGUUCAUGGAUAGGUUGAGGAGGUUGGUGGUUGGUCGGAGGCACGGGAUAUGUGUCAUUUCUGAUAAACAUUUAGGGAUCAUGGCAGCUAUGCAGAAGUCGGGAUGGUGUGAGCCACUUGAUCAUCAUCGGUACUGUGUGAGACAUUUUGCCACAAACUUUGCCACCAAAUUCAAGAAAGCUGGAUUGAAGGAUAGAUUGGUUGAGUUGGCAUAUCAAGUCCAGCCUAAGAAAUUUAAACUACUAUGGGGGGAGUUGUUGGCACUAGAGCCCCGAGCAGUUACAUGGUUUGAGGACAAACCAGUAAGGAACUGGUCACUGGCACAUGACCACGAGCAUCAUCGUUUUGGCAUCAUGACUACCAACCACGCUGAGAGUUGGAACAAAGCAAUUGUCGACGCUCGGAGGCUCCCGCUUACUUCAUUGGUGCGAGUACUAUUCCAUAAGACGGUUGAGUACUUUGAUCAACGUCGUCUUGAGAUUGCAUCACAAGUAUCGAAAGGUCAGAUUUUCACCAAAUAUGCAUCCAAUUUCUUGAACCGUGCUGUAAGACAUUCCACGGGACAUAGUGUGAAGAUAUUUGAUCGGGGGACUUGGUUAUUCCAAGUAGUUACAAGGAGAGAUGAGUUGAAAGGAGGAAACACACACACGGUUCGUCUUAUGGAGUCUAGUUGUACGUGUGGAAAAUUGCAAACUUAUAGAAUCUCUUGUUCCCAUGUAAUUGCUUGUUGUUCACAUGUGAAGAUGAACUUCCAUUCGUUUGUUGGAGAUUGGUAUGUAGAGAACCAGUCGAAGAUUUAUAAUGGUAUCUUUGAGCCAAUUCCAAACAAGGGUGAUCCUCGAUAUCCUACAGAGCUUGCUUUCCCGAGAGUUGUGCAUGACCCUGAUAUUGGAGAAGAAGAAGGGGCGAAGAAAAACAACGAGAUACGGGAACGAGAUGGAUUUCCAGAGCCCGGGAAAGCAUGGAGGGACUUCAUCGAGAGACAGUUGAUUCUGUAG